AUAGCUCCAUUCAUCUCUCUUUGCCGUUUGAUUACCAUACAAUUGUGGUCAGGUUUGUUGCUAGACCAAGGUUAAUAUAUGAAAAUGCAACAUUGGAUUUUCUUCAAGAUGUUCAUGCCUCGACAUGUGAUUUCUGUAUUUGUCUAUCUGUUGGAGGUAUCGGCUUACAAGGACAUAGCGAUAUAGCACCAAGUGAGCAACCAUCGGAUUCAGGGGGGCAUCCAAAAAAACAAAUGAUGUCUCGCAGCCACAGAGAGAGACCUUGACCACGACGGAGUUACGGAAGGCGUCGGGAAUUAGCCACCGGACAGACAGGAGGGAGGAGGAUGGAGGAGAAGUGAGAAAUAUCUGCAGCAGCCGUCGUCCCGGCCGCAGCAGCCGGCAGACACACCACCGGAUCGGGCGCACCGCGCACGGGCGCACGGCGAGGAGUGUCAAAGGAUGAGCCACCCGCUCGCGCCGCGUCGCCGCUCGUAGUCCGAAGCGAACGGGCUUUCUUGAAUCGCGACUACGCUAGGACAGGGAAAAAACCAGGGGACCCAUAAAAUUCCCCAGCUUUGCUUUUUCCUCUCGCCUGCUACUACUGCCACGCCCCGACCACACCACACCACACCACCCCACCCCAUCUCACCAUCCCCCUUUCCCACCCUCCCGUGCGAGAGAGCACGGCGGCGGAAACCUAGAUCGGGAUCGCGACGGAUCGGCCGGCGGCGAGGGGGAGGGGACCCGCGAUGGGCGGCGAGGCCGGGGAGCGGCGGCUGGGGCGGGCAAUGAGCUUCGGGAUCCCGGACGUGGCGCUGGGGCUGGUGAUGGGGUUCGUGGACGACCCCUGGGACCGCGACGCCAUCUCGCUCGUGUGCCGCCACUGGUGCCGGGUCGACGCGCUCAGCCGCAAGCACGUCACCGUCGCCAUGGCGUACUCCACCACGCCCGACCGGCUCUUCAGGCGCUUCCCCUGCCUCGAGUCGCUCAAGCUCAAGGCCAAGCCCCGGGCGGCCAUGUUCAACCUCAUCCCCGAGAACUGGGGCGGCUCCGCCUCCCCGUGGAUCCGCCAGCUCUCGGCAUCGUUCCACUUCCUCAAGGCGCUGCAUCUGCGCAGGAUGAUAGUGUCUGACGACGACCUCGACGUCCUCGUCCGCGCCAAGGCGCACAUGCUCACCUCGCUCAAGCUUGACCGCUGCUCUGGCUUCUCUACAUCCUCCCUCGCCCUCGUCGCCCGCACUUGCAAGAAACUUGAAACCUUGUUCCUGGAAGACAGCUUAAUUGCUGAGAAAGAAAAUGAUGAAUGGCUUCGGGAGCUUGCUACCAGCAAUAAUGUCCUUGAGAUACUGAAUUUCUUUUUGACAGAUCUCAGGGCAUCCCCAGCAUAUCUUACCCUCCUUGUGCGCAAUUGCCGAAGGCUGAAAAUUUUGAAGAUUAGCGAGUGCUUCAUGCUUGACCUGGUUGAUUUGUUCCGCACAGCAGAAAUAUUACAAGACUUUGCCGGUGGUUCCUUUGAUGAUCAGGGUCAAGCUGUAGAAAGUAGAAAUUAUGAAAACUUCUAUUUCCCUCCGUCACUGCUCCUCUUGAGUUUGCUCUACAUGGGAACAAAAGAGAUGCAGGUACUAUUCCCAUAUGGUGCUGCACUGAAGAAGUUGGAUCUUCAGUUUACAUUCCUUUCCACAGAGGAUCACUGUCAGUUGGUCCAGCGCUGCCCAAAUCUGGAAAUUUUAGAGGUGAGGGAUGUGAUAGGGGAUAGGGGAUUAGAAGUUGUUGCACAGACCUGCAAGAAAUUACAGAGACUUCGAGUAGAGAGAGGAGACGAUGAUCAAGGAGGUCUUGAGGAUGAACAUGGUAUGGUUACACAGGUGGGAUUGAUGGCUGUAGCUCAAGGCUGCCCUCAUUUAGAAUAUUGGGCAGUGCAUGUCACUGACAUUACUAAUGCUGCUCUAGAAGCCAUCGGUACAUACAGCAGAAAUCUUAAUGAUUUCCGGCUUGUCCUGCUUGAUAGAGAAGCAAAUAUAACAGAAUCACCCCUUGACAAUGGGGUCCGUGCUUUGUUGAGAGGUUGCACCAAGCUCCGGAGAUUUGCAUUUUAUGUGAGACCUGGGGUUCUAUCAGAUGUUGGCCUUGGGUACAUUGGUGAAUUUAGUAAGAAAAUCCGUUACAUGUUACUUGGGAAUGUUGGGGAGUCUGACCAAGGACUUCUGCAACUCUCAACAGGAUGCCCAAGCUUGCAGAAAUUGGAGCUGAGGGGUUGUUUCUUCAGUGAACGUGCAUUGGCUCUUGCUGCUUUACAACUGAAGUCACUGCGAUACCUAUGGGUGCAAGGAUACAAGGCAUCUCCCAAUGGCACUGAUCUAAUGGCCAUGGUGCGGCCCUUCUGGAACAUCGAGAUUAUUGCUCCCAAUCAAGAUGAGCUUUGUCAAGACGGUCAGGCACAGAUUCUGGCAUACUACUCACUUGCAGGAAUGAGAUCAGAUUACCCUCAGUCAGUAAUUCCCCUCUAUCCUUCAGUUUGAGUGUAUAUGUCUGAUGCCAGGUUGCGAAACUCAAGUCUAGUAUAGGACCGAUAUUGUUCUAAAUUCUGCAGUCUGAUGCUCCUAUUCUAUUUAGCAAUGAGCACAGAACCAAUUACAGAAAUGAAAGCAGGAAAGCUAUUAGUUCGAGGAACAUGUUAUAACAUCUUGGGACUAAGAUCUGUAUUGCAUAUCUGAGGGGUAUCACUUCUGCAAAGCUCAGCUCAAUUGGCCAGCACGGAUAUGUAAACCUUCAUUUUGAUUAGGAUAUGAUACAAUUUUGUAAUAAUGUUCGUUGUUCAAUGUCUAUUUGUACUAUUUGACCUUUUAGCAUUCUGUCACCUUUUUUUUCUUGGAAGAUUGCUGCGCUGUGGACUAAAUCAUUCGCAGUACAAUAUUUUUUAGUAUCAGCUACUGGCUGUGUUGUUGCUGUGA